AUGGGUACCAUUGUGGCUUGCCGAAGGGGGGUCUUUAUCGUAGUGCCAAUAGAGGGUAACCGUGAAGAUUCUCAGUCUGGAAAGAGAUUGAAGUCUUCCCGAGAGCCAAUUGUAUUUGGCAAUGAUGAUUUGGAAGGGACUACCCAACCACAUGACGAUGCACUUGUAGUUACAGCUCAAAUAAAUGGUUUCAUAGUAAAAAGGGUGCUAGUAGACCAGGGAAGUGGGGUCGAGGUCAUGUACAAUACUCCUCUAGUGGGAUUUGAUGGCCGAACGGUGGUGUUAGAGGGGAAAAUUUCACUUCUCGUGAACACAGAAGGAAAUGAGGUGAUAGUAAACUUUAUCGUGGUCGGCUCGUUUUCCCUCUACACAGCCAUACUCGACAGGCCAUGGAUUCAUGCGAUUGGGGUGGUCCCAUCCACCUUGCAUGUUAAGGUCAAGUUUACUGAUCAUGGAGUUUCUGUGGUGAAAGGAGAUCAACAGGAUAGGAGUUUCUAUGUAGAAACUGGUAUGAAGCACGAAGACAGGGUGAAUAUGUUGUUAUUGUUAGUACAAAACCUUGAUGUUUUUGCGUGGAGUCCCUACGAUGUGCCUGGUGUGGAUCCCGAGUUCAUUACCCAUAAGCUUAAUGUGGACCCAGCGUUUCCCCUAAAGAAGCAGAAGUUGAGGAGGUUUGCUAAGCAGCAUAUGGUGGCGUUGAAGGAAGAGGUUGAAAAGUUAAAAUUGGCCAAGGCAAUUAAAAAAGUUUACUUCCUAGAGUGGUUAUCCAAUACCGUGGUGGUAAAGAAGAAGAAUGGCAAAUAG